CCCGGCCACAUCCCAGGAGGAAUCGCUCCGCGCCUGACCCGGGCUGCCCGCGCGAGCCGCCAUGGGGCUGGAGAAGGAGAACGCGGACACCAAAAUCUUCAUGGACGAAGACGGCUUCAACCGCAGCAGCAGCAGCCCCGCGCCGUCGGAUACGCAGAAGAAUCCGGAAGAGGCGCCCGAUCGGGACCCACACGGGCUGAACAGCCACCUGAAGCUGGGGUUUGAGGAUGUGAUCGCGGAGCCUGCAUCCACUCACUCCUUCGACAAAGUCUGGGUCUGCAGCCAUGCUCUCUUUGAGAUCAGCAAAUAUCUGAUAUAUAAGCUCCUGACGCUGGUCCUGGCGGUUCCGUUGGCCCUGGUUGCAGGGAUUCUCUUUGCUGUGCUCAGCUGCCUGCACAUCUGGGUUGUGGUGCCAUUCAUAAGGUCUUGCCUUUUGAUCUUGCCAUCUGUGCAAGCUGUCUGGAAGAGUAUGACAGAGGUUUUCAUUGCACCAGUCUGUCGCAGCAUGGGACGGUGCUUUUCGGGAAUCAACAUACAUCUUGACCAAGAGUGAAGUCUUUGGAACCAAUGAUAUUUUAGUCUUAAAUGCUAUUAAAUUCUCCUUAUUAGUAUAAUACAGAGACACUUAAACAUUCAUUCCAAAGCUACUGCUGUUUAAAUGGCUGACUUUCCCCCCCUUCAGCUGGGUUGCACUUUAUAUGGGGAAAAAAAGCUCACUUUGGGGACAGGGAAGAUACUAGCCUAUAUUGUAACUAAGAAAUAACAAGUGAUAUUUAGCAACACCUUAAGGUAAUGGUACUUUCAUUGUUUGGUUUCCACAAAUGUGUUAUGGAUAACUAAGGGAGGUCAUCAUGCAGUGUAUCAAUCAAAUGUUCAUUUAUUGUAUUGCUCAAAUUUCCUGGAAGUCAUACUACCAAUAGAUGUGGCCUAUUUAUUGACAUUGAAUGCCUCCAGAAUGCAAAUGAUUACUUCUGAAGAUGUUCCUCAUCUGGUCAGCAUUUCCAGCCACGCAACAGCUAACUCUCUGUAGAAUCUAUCGGCUUUUUGUAUUGUAUAACCCCUUAGUACAGUGCUUCCCAAACUUUUUCCUUCAUUACCCCAAACCACUUACCAGAAAGUCCUUUUUACCCGAUGGAGGUAAAACACUUUAAGUCAAUUUAAAUGUCCCUGUUGUGAUUGAGUAAUGGGUUCGUGUGUCAUUACCCCCCCCACAAAAAAAACCACUUUUACCUAAUUUUGGGUAAGAUACCCAGAUUUGGGAACCAAUGUCUUAGUAAAAUUCUUAUUCCAAGUACUGACAGUUUCCGAAAUCCAUGGAUUUCCAACAUAAUAUGAUCUUAAAACCUGGUAGAAUCUAUGGGCACAUGUUUUUGAUAUUUGAUCUUCUCAGUGAGUACUGAAGGGUGAGCUUUGGAUGAUUGCUUAGAGAGCAGCAGGUCAGAAAUGUCUGUACCAUGAAACAAGCAAAAACAUGUGGGCAUAGCCAUUUGAGAAGUUUAGUAUUGCUGCAAGCCACAGGGACCUUUUUUGGGGGGGACCUUUUUAUGCUUGAAAGCAUUUUAGAACGUAUAUACACAUAUCCUUGAGUCACUAAUUAUAAGUUCCAGCCCCAGAUCAUGAAAAUUCCAGUUCCGAUGCUGGCAGUACUCAGCAUCAGCCAUACAAAUGAGCUCCAAGUGAGAUUCCCUAAUAGAGGGACCCAUGCAACCAUUUUUUGUCAUUCACAUGAAUCUCAAUGGAAAAGCUUGCAGGAUUUAUAUGAAUUAGAGUAGCAUGUAGGGCUCUGGGUUGAGUAACCAAGUAUUUUGCCUCAUGAGGCAGGGAGGGUGUAGGGGUGCAUUUUUACAGGCCUUGAGGGUUUCUAAAGUUCUGUAAAAGUUGUGGAUCCAAAGAGCUGUAUAGCAAGUUGACACAAAGCUGAACAGAUAAAGGAUACUGGCUGAGUAUUUUCUGUAUUGCCCACUGCAGUGCAUAUUCCUAAGUAUCAGAAGAACUAAAAAAAAGCUUCCAAAAUUCACUCUUUAAAUGAGAUGUUGAUUGGGGAGGGAAUCUUUAUGCUAUAUUUAAUGAAACUUUUGACUUUUUGUAUAUAUUGUGUUUGUAUGUAAAUGAUAAAGUAAGGGGUUACCUUGGAGCAUUAUUCUUACGAUCUUGCCAAACGGUUAUUCGAAAAACAUGGGCUGCUUCAGCCAGUUGUCUGUUCCAGCGAUCUGCCUUGCAUGGAAAGACAAUUUCAUGUGCAUGAGAUAGAAAGAGAAGGAAAUCCACUGAAAUUGUCUUCUACACCAACAGCACUUCCUGUUCCUGGGGAACCAAGCAUCCCAUAUAGAGGUGGGUGCUACCUACCUCAGAGCUCGGAAAUGUGUGAAUGCUCCUUUCUACCCUAGGAUGUGAGGAUUCUCAAUCUACAAUCUACGCUCCUGCUUUGUGCAAUAUUCAUGUGCACAAACAACAGCAGCACUUCUGAGUGCAUGACUAUAUCUGGAGUAGAGGCAAUGAAAUUUUAAAUCCAAAUGUAUUCAAUUAUAUGCGUUAAUCAAUGGGCCUUUGAUUUGGUUAUAUAAAACAUUAAUUGAAAUGCACAGGUACAAUUCAAAACAUACCAAAGACCUCCUGUAAUUUCACUUUAAUGCUUCAAACAACCUAUGCAAAAGGUUCUAUAGUGUGCAUUUUAAAGAUUAUUUUUUAUUAAAGUGGUUAAUAUAACAUUCAAAA